GGUAAUUGAAACCAACCCUAAGCUCUUUUUAUCUCCGCUCUAAAGGUAGCCCCGAUUAUUGCUGACUUAAGCAUCGGAGUGUCUACCCUGAGUUCCACUUCGGGGCUUUGCAAGUCGUUCCAGAGUACAGACGCGGACUGAAGAAGGACUUCUGGUUUGGUGCAAUUACAUUUGGCGCCGUCUGUGGGAAUCCGAACUGAAAGCUUUCUUGUUGCUCUUUCGUCAUGGUUCACACUAGAUCAGUCCGAGCUGGCAAUUCAUCUCUACCUCUUGGGCAAAGUCAACCCCCCAACAACAUUCCACCUCUGAUCCCACCUCAACUCCCACCUCAACCUCCUCCUCAGGUCCCAGCUAUGUUCCCUCCUGUUGAUCAUGCAGAAGGAGGAGAUAAAAAUCAACCACACAAUUCGGCUCACAAUUCAGCCUCUACUGCUAACCAAGAUGUAGUUGUAGCUCAGCUCGCUGCCAUCCAAUCUCACAUCGCACCAGUUCAGCAACCCCUUCAUGAUGAUGUCACUCGACGUCUAGAUAGCUUAGAAAAGCUAGUGGCUGAACAGCGAGGUGCCCUACCUCCACACCAUGCUGUUGACUCCAUACCCCACCCUCUGAACACCAACAUUACAUUGGAACCCUACCCCGCUGGCUUCAGGAUACCACAACUUGAAAUUUAUGAUGAGACGAAGUACCCCGAUGAUCAUCUACAUGCUUUCUAUUCUUGUAUGCAAGCCCAAAACGCCUCUGAUGCGUUGAUGUGCAAAAUCUUUCCCUCUACUCUCCGAGGCAAUGCUCGAACUUGGUACUACAGUCUACCUCUAAGAUUCAAUGAUGCAAUACUGAAGGUUAGCUCUUUCAACCAGGCUGUGGGAAUUACAACCGUGAUAUCAAGACUUAGCCAUGAAAGAUUCAAAGAUAGUCUGCUCAAACAUCCUGCUACCACCUUCAGCGAGGUAAAUGAUAGAUCAUUGAAAUUCAUAACUGCUGAAGAAUAUGCCUUGUUGCAGAAACCAGCCCCUUCUAAGAACCAACACCCCGAAUGGAGAGACGACGAUCUGAGUAGGAAAAGGAUGAGGAUGGUACAGAACCGAGGUCCGAUGUCGACCUCUACACCGAGAUUCAGAGGGCCGAACUCUACUCCCCCGCAACAAUCUGCAGGUAAACCUCCAGUUAAUUGGAUUCUUUUUAAUCUGCCGAGAUCACUGAUUUUUUUGCAGAUCAAGAAUAAAAUGGAUUUAAGGCGUCUUGGUCCAAUGAAGACCGUUGCUGCUAGCCGAGAUCAUACCAGAUAUUGUGACUAUCAUCAAGAUCACGGCCAUACUACAAAGCAAUGUAACAGCUUAAAGUUCGAACUGGAAAGUCUAGCUCAGAAGGGAAUGCUGAAUGAGUACGUUCAGAGAGUUGAACAGCCGAGGUUCGUCCGAGAACAGAGGCCACAGCCUCAAGGAGUCCGCAAUCCCCCAAAUAGGCAAGGCGUGGGAUAUCAGCAAGCCCCACCUCCACUCCCACCACCAGCUAGAAUCAUACACAUGAUUACGGGAGGCCUGGAAGCCAGUGGACUGAGCUCUAAACAGCGAAAACUGUAUGUCAAAGAGGUCAAGCAUCAAAACCGGGCUCAGAAAUGGAAGUUUGACGACGCUGACUGGAAGAGUCAACCCGUUACUUUCACAUCUGCUGAUUUCGACACAGUUGUUACACCCAACAAUGAUCCUUUGGUCACAUCUGCCAUGAUUAACAAUUGUGAAGUACAGCGUGUCCUCGUUGAUAUUGGGAGUGCACCAGAUAUCAUGUACUUCCACUGUUUCGAGGGUCUUGGACUGAAUCCAGCAUUGUUUGGCCGAACCUACGUGACUCCUUCCGUCCAGUUUCUAGUAGUUAAGAUGGCGUCUUCCUUUAAUGUUGUUAUUGGCCGACCCACGCUGACUGAAAUCCGAGCCGUGAUUUCUGACAAUCAGCAAGUCAUGGGUGUUGAGAUCGUAGAUAACCGACCGGAAGAUGAAACCAAAGCUGCCCCAGUUGAGGAUGUUGAAGAAGUGCACAUUGAUGACAGAGAUCCGAGUCGAAAAACACAAAUUGGAACUAAGUUGAACUCGGAGGAAAAAGCAAAGCUAAUAGCUUUCCUUCGGGCCAACAAAGAUGUUUUUGCAUGGACUUCAGCAGAUAUGCCGGGAAUUCCCACUUCGGUUUCUCAACAUAAACUUAGUACCAAUCCACUCAAGAAACCAGUAGCCCAAAAGCGGCACCUCUUUAGGGGGGAGAGGUUACAGCUGGUUGAGGCAGCUUCUGGAAACGAGAGAUUAAGUCUCUUGGAUGCAUACUCUGGCUACCACCAGGUUCCAAUGGCUCUUGAGGAUGCAGAUAAAAUCUCGUUCUAUGCUGGUGAUGAAAUCUAUUGCUAUGUAAUGAUGCCCUUCGGCUUGAAGAACGCAGGUGCCAAUUACCAGAAGAUGGUUACCAUCGUAUUUCGAGCUCAAAUAGGCCGAAAUCUAGAGGUAUAUGUUGAUGAUAUAGUUGUGAAAAGUUUGAAAGUUGGAGAUCACUUAAUCGACCUUGAGGAGACGUUCAACAACCUCAGAAAGAACAAGAUGAGGUUAAAUCCAGCAAAGUGUAUUUUCGGGGUAGAGUCAGGAAAAUUUCUAGGCCUCAUGGUGUCCAGAAGGGGGAUUGAGGUCAACCCUGAGAAGAUCAAAGCAGUAGCCGAGAUGGAACCACCAAAGUCAGUGAAAGAUGUGCAAAGGUUGACGGGGAGAGUAGCAGCUCGUCAUAGAUUCAUUUCGAAAUUAGCAGAUAAAUGCUUGCCAUUCUUCAAGAUCAUGAGAUUAGCAGCUCAAAAGGAUGAAUCUGGCAAACAAAAGAAGUUUGCAUGGAAUUCAGAAUGUCAAGCUGCAUUUGACGAGCUGAAGUCUUAUCUUAGCUUACCUCCCUUGUUGACAAAGGCUGAUGAUGGAGAAAUCCUUUACUUGUACCUCGGGAUAUCAAAUGAGGCCAUUAAGUGCACUCCGGGUCAUUCAACCCCCAAUCCAGAACCAAACGACUGGACCUUAUAUGUUGAUGAGGCAUCUAGUAGCAAGGGUUCAGGAGCUGGUGCUCUCUUGAUUGGCCCAGAUGGAUACCAAAGUGAACAUGCCCUAAAAUUUAACUUCGAUGCAACAAACAACAUGGCUGAGUAUGAAGCUCUGCUGCUUGGUCUACAGCUAGCAUUGGAGUUGAAAAUUAGUGCAAUCCAAGUAUACAGUGACUCCCAGCUGGUGGUGAACCAAACCAACUCGAUCUGUGAAGUCGUUGAUCCUGUGAUGGUGAAAUAUGUAGCCCUGGUGGCUGAGUUGAAGUGCAAAUUCCAGAAAUUCUGUCUGAGCAAAAGUCCACGAACUGAGAAUGAACAGGCAGAUUCACUCUCAAAAUUCACCUCUGAUAGCUCCUCAAGUUCCAGAUCAGUUUUUGUGGAAGUUUUAGAUGAACCAAGCUUCGUGAAGCCACGAAUAAUGGAGAUCAGCACAAAUCCGGACACGCCGUGUUGGACCGACUCAAUUAUUUCCUUUUUACGAGAUGGGAUAGUACCUGCAGACAGGCAGGAGGCAAUGAAGUUGAGAAAGAAAGCAUCUCGGCAUACACUCGUUAAUGGGGUCCUCUAUAAGAGAUCUCUUUCACUCCCUCUUCUACGGUGUUUGAAUCCUUACGAAGCCGAAUGUGCACUUCGGGAGGUACAUGAAGGUGUCUACGGGAGCCACGUUGGUGCUAGAACUCUGGCACACAAAGUCUUAAGGCAGGGAUAUUACUGGCCAAACAUGUAUAAAGAUGCCACUCACUUUGUUCAGAGAUACCCAAAGUGCCAAUUCUUUCUGCAUCUGACUCACCAACCAGCAGAGGAGCUCACGAACUUGGUAGCACCAUGGCCAUUCGCUCAGUGGGGGCUGGAUCUUCUAGGCCCAUUUGUGAAAGGGGUUGGUGGUGUAACCCAUUUGAUCGUUGGCAUGGAUUAUUUCACAAAAUGGGUUGAAGCUCGGCCAUUAUCCAGUCUUACAUCCAAGAAGGUCGAAGACUUUGUUUUCAGUUCGAUCAUCUACAGAUAUGGGAUCCCGAAUCAGAUUGUGUUCACCUCGGUUUACCAUCCGGAGUCCAAUGGUAUGGUAGAGUCUAUUAAUAAAUGCAUUCUAGAAGGAAUAAAAUCGAGGUUGGAGCAGCACAAGGCCAAGUGGGCAGACGAGCACAACAACGUCCUCUGGGCAUACAGAACAACGAGCCUAACUGCCAUAGGUGAAACAUCCUACCACCUAGCCUUUGGUACCGAAGCAGUUAUUCCUGUUGAAAUAGGAGUCCCAAGCUUCCGGGUCACCCAUUUCGAUGAAGGGAGAAAUGGACAGUUGCUUCGGGAAAACCUUGAUCUGCUUGCCGAAGUCAGGGAAGAAGCACGGCUUCGGACUCUUGUAUACAAGCAGAAACUAGCCAACUUCUACAAUAAACGAGUCCGCCCUCGAACAUUCAAAGUAUGAGACCUUGUUCUCAGAAAAGCUGGCCUAACAGAGUUUGAAACUCAUUUUGGCAAAUUCGCCUCGAAUUGGGAAGGCCCUUAUACCGUGGCUGAGGUGCCACAUCCUGGUGCCUAUGUCCUCUAAGACACUGUAGGAAAGAGAGUUCCUAGAGUCUGGAAUGUCAAUAACUUGAAGAAAUUUUACCCCUAAUAAAAGUCUUUCAAGAGAUCUAUGUCUUACAGUUCUUACUUCAUGAUUGUUGAGAUUCAUUUUACCUCUUAUUCUAUGUAUCCGAGGUCAAUUAGUCCAUUCAUUCCUUAAACCUCACUUCUGAUUAAUAAAUGUCACUUCACCUA